AUUUAACUAUUAACCCUAUUGGAGAUUAAUGGUGCUAAACCUUCAAUGAGAAUGAUUUUAUUGCUACCACCUGAUUUUGGAAGCUACCCUGAGCCUACAAGGGGAAGGGCAGCCUAUAAACUGAAUAAAAUAAAUACCUGUCUUGCUUCCACUUUCAGUGAUACCUGUCUUAACUAAUAUAUCCACAAGGAGCCAGCGUGUGAUUACUAAUUCCUUUAUUAUUUGUGUCCUUAGUCAUAGGGACAGUUGAUGUGGUUUCAUGUGUUCACAUUGACUUUUCCUAUCAUAAUUAUGACUGGGAUUAGAAUGACUUUUGUCUCCUUACCUUUGUUUCUCCUUAGUAACCAGGUAACUCCACCUCAGGAAUGCAUUUAGUAGUUUGAUCUAAUGAAAUAAGGUGGUUUCAAAGGAGCUCUUGACUUACCUAGUAGCAGCGUUUGAACACUGAUGGAAGACUUGUCAAAACAGUUUUACUUUUCACUUUCCAGUGAGCAGAGAGAAAAUGAAUAGAACUCAUCCCCAGAAUGUUGAUGAAGCUUUACGGGGUUCAACAAAAUCCCUCUUCACAGCAAUGAGAGCAUUUGUCAAGGGUUUUCCAUCUCCACUGAAAUAGUGGAGCAGAGACUGUAUGUAUGAUGGCAGUGAGGAGAGAAUCUUUAUUUCAGUAUUUCAAAUCAGUCUGCUCAUCUCUGUCUGCAUCUUCUGUCUUCACUCUCCACAUUUCCCAAUAAAAAUAUUUAGAAAAACAUUCUAUGUCAUUUCAAGGCUGCUACAAGGAUGGUUCCAUGUGCAUCCCUUGCACUCGACGAUGCCUCUGCAUCUCUGCUAUCAGUCUGCUUAUGGUUGGGAUCAUAGUUGUUAUCAUUGUAUUGGUUGUUACUGUUGGAAUCCCUCCAUCUACAACAGUGAAUCGCUUGUGUAUUACCACCAGUAAUCUGACGGGCUUUUUAUGCGAUGACAGAGAGACCUGUAUUCCAGCCAGCCAGGUCUGUGACCAAAGAAGAAAUUGUGCAAAUGGGGAGGAUGAACAAGAGUCAUUAUGUAGUGAUUUGCCCAACAGCCUUCCAGGACAUCUCAUAUUUUAUUGCAGCAAACCCAAGUUUUGGAUCUAUGCUGACAAAAGGUGUAACGGGAUGAAUGACUGUGGAGAUUGUUCUGAUGAAACAGCGACAUGGGCCAAUUGUCCUCCUUGUGGACCUCAGUGGUGGAGUUGCACCAUGGUAGUCUUCCAUGCUUACUGUGCCUGCAUUCCCAGGAGAUUUUGCAAAGAUGGAAUACAGCACUGUUCAGACUGGUCUGAUGAAUAUAUCUGCCGAAGAGAAGCAGUCUAGGACGGGAAACUCUAGUGAGAUGUUGAGAACAAUCCAUCAAGUAUGGCUGCUGUGCAACCUCCAUUAAUUUCAGAAAGGGUUUUGCUGGAUUUUUGUGAAAAAGGUGAACAAAUGUUCCAUAUGGGGUCCAUUUCUUGGAAUAGGAACAGGCUGUGUGGCUGCAUGGAAUAUGGUUUGGCUUGAGGGAUUGGUUGCAAUUGUAUGGAGCUUUGGUGGGAGCUGGGUGGCCGCCCAACUCUCUUGGCAGUAUAUUCAUGGAGCUGGAUUAAUGGGGUGGGUGGGUGAGGGAUCAGCCUGUGUGCCCAUUUCCUUCAGCUGAAGGAUCCCCUUGAGAGAUUUUGAGAUGAGUUCUUUGGGGCCAUGCCCAACUUGGAGGCUGUCCCGACUUGCUCCCUCCAAGUGGCAGAGGAGACCACAUACAGGCUGGUGCAGAAGUGGAGUCCAUCGACUUGCCAUUCCACCUGUUCUCCCACUUGCCCAGCAGUCAGCUGCAGAGAGGCAGAAUGGUAUAUCGUCUGGCAGGGUGGUCGCCCAGUGUCAGAAUCCCUUUCUCCAUACUACGCCAAAGCUCUGACAGCUGUAACUAGUAAAGUUGAGGUCAAUUUUAUUCCAA